UUCUUCGUCGAGAGGUGUUGUUGUUUAACAAAAAAACGGAAACAUCGCAUUAAUUUCGUUAUUUAUUUUUUUGUUGGAAAUUUUAUUUUUUUCUUAACAAGAAAAGAAACAAAACUAUAAAAAGCCGAACGAAAUAAAACGCGUUUAAGUUAUUAACAAAGCUAAUUAAACAAUUAGAAAUAAAACGAAAUAAUCUGUUAAGUUUGGUGUUUAAUUUAAAAUUAAAAGAAAACGAUAAUAACAAAAUAGUCUACGAUCACUAUUGAAUGAAAAUCUUAAACAAAAGCUCUUAAAGAGCUUAAAAAUAAUAAAAAAAAAAUUAAUCGAGAGAAAAGGGAAAUUAAAACAAAUGAAAACUAUUUCCUAAAAUAAAGUAUUUUACAAAAAACUCUACUAUUAGGUGUAUUUAAGUGUUAAAAGAAAAAAAAAAAUAAUAUAAUUUACGAAUAAAACACAAAAAAUAUUUUAUGCAAUUUUAUGUUGAAGUGUCAUUUAAUUGUGUCGCGUUUUAAAUCGUUUAGAAAUUGAAAUCGUGCGUUAGUAGUUGUGUUUUUUUUUUUUUUGAAAGUGCCGUCGAGUGUUCGUCGCUACCGUCGUUUACCGCCGUCAUCUUUAACAUGUUUAAGUGCAUUCCAAUAUUUAAGGGCUGUAAUCGCCAAGUAGAGUUUGUGGACAAGCGUCAUUGUUCACUACCAAGUGUUCCCGAAGAAAUUCUACGUUAUUCGCGUACACUAGAGGAAUUAUUUUUGGAUGCAAAUCACAUACGAGAUUUGCCAAAGAAUUUCUUCAGACUUCAUCGCUUGCGUAAAUUGGGCUUAAGUGACAAUGAAAUUGUACGUUUGCCUCCAGAUAUACAACAUUUUGAAAAUCUAGUGGAACUAGAUGUUUCACGUAAUGAUAUUCCAGACAUUCCCGAUGACAUCAAACACUUGAAAAGCUUACAAGUGGCUGAUUUCAGUUCAAAUCCAAUUCCAAAAUUACCCGCUGGUUUUUCACAAUUAAAAAAUUUAACAGUUUUAGGUUUAAAUGACAUGUCUCUAACCACAUUACCAGCAGAUUUUGGUUGUUUAACACAAUUAGAAUCGCUGGAAUUGCGUGAGAAUCUUUUGAAACAUUUACCAGAAUCCAUUAGUAAAUUAACAAAGCUGAAACGCCUCGAUUUGGGCGAUAAUGAAAUCGAACAACUGCCACCCUAUUUGGGUUAUUUACCAGCACUCCAAGAACUAUGGCUAGAUCAUAAUCAAUUACAACAAUUACCUCCAGAAUUGGGACUAUUGAGUAAUUUGACAUAUCUGGAUGUGUCCGAAAAUCGUCUCGAAGAAAUACCCAAUGAAAUUAGUGGUUUAGUGAAUCUAACCGAUUUGGAUUUGGCACAAAAUCUAUUGGAGUAUUUGCCGGAUGGUAUAGCGAAACUAAUUCGUUUAACGAUUUUAAAAUUGGACCAAAAUCGCUUACAAAGACUCAACACAAAUAUAGGAGACUGUGAUAAUAUGCAAGAACUUAUACUCACCGAAAAUUUCCUUUCUGAAUUGCCGGCCUCUAUCGGCCAGAUGACCAAACUGAGCAACCUAAAUGUCGAUCGUAAUGCCCUCGAAUAUCUACCAAUCGAAAUUGGUAAUUGUGCCAAUUUGGGAGUCUUAAGUUUGCGCGACAAUAAAUUGAAGAAAUUGCCACCAGAGAUGGGUAAUUGCAGUGUGUUGCACGUGCUCGAUGUGUCCGGCAAUCAAUUGCAGUAUUUGCCCUACUCACUUGUGAAUCUGCAAUUGAAGGCCGUGUGGUUGUCAGAGAAUCAAGCACAGCCUUUGCUCACAUUUCAGCCAGACGUGGACGAGGAGACCGGUGAACAGGUUCUGACAUGCUAUUUACUGCCACAACAAGAAUAUCAACCAAUUGCUCCAGAUUUUCCACCCGGCCAACUUUAUAGAUCGAGUGAGAAAUUCGAUUCAUCGGAAUUUCAUAAUUAUCAACAACAAGCACGUGAACAAGAACCAGACUCCGAAGGUUGGGAAGAGCGUGAAGCUUCUAGGACACAUUCCGUUAAAUUUAAUGCCGACAUACCAAUUCAAGAUAAAGACACACCAUUUACGCGUCAAAACACCCCACAUCCCAAGGAAUUGCGAGAUAAGGCCAAAAAACUAUUAGCCAAAAAUCGUACAGAUGAGGCGCCUGGCGUAUCGUCGAAUUUGGAUACAUUAACAGAAGAGAAACAACCGCUAAUGGUGAGACAAGACUUGAAUUCCACACCAGUGGAGAGUUUAGUCGCGUCAAAAACCGCUUUUCAAGUAGAACAGCAAGUACAACAACCGAACACACCACAUCAACAAACUCAACAUUCACAACCCCAAAUGCUGUUAGUGAAGACACAAGCCACGCAACAGCAACCACCGGGAAAAUCAACUACACCAAUAGCGGGUGGUGAAAACACACAACAGCAACCAUCAUCACAUGUCAAUGUUAAACCGGAAAAUGUUAAUGUUAUUACUGCAGCCAGCUCUGCUCAUGACGACGACGAUGAUGAUGAUAAUCUUGAUGAGGAAGAUGAUGAUUAUGAUCAAUCUGAUAGACGUGUCGGCUUUCAAGUGGAGGGUAGCGAGGAAGACGAUUUCCGUAAUAGACCACCGAAAUUGCAUAGACGUGAUACGCCUCAUCAUUUGAAAAACAAACGUGUCCAACACAGCAUCAACAACAAGAAAGAUCAUGAAAUUUUGGCCACUGCUUUGCAACAAGAGACCAAAAAACUCCAACAAUUACCAACAGUCCAAUCACCUAUUGCCGAGAAUCCCUCAGCUGAACAGAGUGAACAAGAGACGGAUAAUGGUAAUGGCUUUGCUAAACCUCAACAUCCUUUCGAGGCUCCUCUAUCACCCAUACAAACACCACCAGUGAUGGUAACAUCGUCAGAACUGCAAACAAAUAGAGCCAGUUAUCCUGUUGCCAUUGUAUCUGAUGAUGCCCUUGAUGGUGUCACAGAAUUGCGUCUGGAGCAGUAUGAAAUUCACAUUGAACGUACCUCGGCUGGCCUUGGCUUAAGCAUCGCUGGCGGCAAGGGCUCAACACCGUUUAAGGGCGAUGAUGAUGGCAUUUUCAUAUCACGUGUCACCGAAGGGGGUCCAGCUGAUUUAGCCGGCCUUAAAGUUGGCGAUAAAGUUUUAAAAGUCAAUGGUAUACCUGUCGUCAAUGCCGAUCAUUAUCAAGCUGUACAAGUGCUAAAGGCCUGUGGUGCUGUUUUGGUUUUAGUUGUGCAGCGUGAAGUAACACGUUUAAUUGGUCAUCCUGUAUUUAGUGAGGAUGGUUCAUUAUCACAGAUUUCUGUUGAAACACGUCCCUUGGUGUCUUCCAUUCCUCAACUGCAACAGCAACAACAACAGCAGCAAACACAUGAAAGAUAUAUACCACCACCCCUGGAAAUACUGCCAGAACAUCAAGAGCAACAACAUUCACAACCCCAGCAGCAGCAGUAUUCGGCAACAAAUUUGCACAAUUAUCACGCAAAUGUAUUUACCACACCAGGAGCAGUUACAGCAGCAACAGCAACAACGUCAACAGCCUUUCAGGAACCACAACAUGUUGGCGAUGUUGCAACAACGACAGCAGCAUCAACAAAUGGCAUUUUUGAAAAUGGCAAGGAUGGACCAUUGAGUUAUAUAACGCUGCAUACAACAUUAAUACGUGAUCAAAUUGGCCAGGGUUUGGGCUUUAGCAUUGCUGGUGGAAAGGGCUCUCCACCCUACAAAGAUGGAUGUGAUGGAAUUUUCAUUUCACGCAUAACUGAAGGUAGUCUGGCGCAUCGUGAUGGCAAAAUAAUGGUGGGCGACCGUGUAAUGGCUAUUAAUGGCAACGACAUGACAAGUGCCCAACAUGAUGCAGCCGUUCAGUGUUUGACACAACCACAACGGUUUGUACGUUUAGUCUUACAAAGAGAAUACCGCGGUCCAUUGGAGGCACCUCUAAGCCCUCACAGUCCGGCUGUAUUGAAUGCCCUAAGUCCAUCAGGAUAUUUAACCAAUCGUCCUGCCAAUUUCCAACGUUCCAUUGGUGAUAUGGUUGGGGAACAACAACAGCAGCAACAGCAGCAACAACCGCAAACUUAUCAAACACAACCGAUUCAAUAUGAUACGAAUAAAAUGAUGGCCUCAACGAUACCAACUACGAAUACAGUGCCUGCUACAAAAACCAAUGGUUUUGCCAACACCAACACACUAUAUCAACAACAACAGCACCAGCCGCAGCAGCAACAACAUCAACAAAUCGAUAAUGCGACUGGCCUACCCAUACCAGUACCAGCACCCCGUCGCUCUAAUUCCAUACCUUUAGGCGAUGGCCCAGAGGCAACUUCUGCCUCAACGUCAUCACUUACAACCGUUACUUCCCCCACAUCAACACAAAACGGCACAAUACCUCAGCAUCCUUCGGCCGGCUCAUCGUCAACAUCAUCCCAACCCACCGCCACCACCACCACUGGCACAACAACAGAUUCAACCGAAACUCAGCCUACACCUUUAAGGCCAUUGACGAGUGAAGAUUUUCAGGCAAUGAUACCGGCACAUUUCCUAAGCGGUGGUUCUCAGCAUCAAGUGCAUGUGGCCAAGCCAAAUGAAGUUGGUGUAGCUGGUGUUACUGUAACCGUCAAUAAGGCUGUUCCCGAUAUGCCCAUGUUCCCAGCAGCUCCCACCGAAAUGGGUCGCAUUACUGAGACGAUAACAAAAUCGACUUUUACGGAGACUGUUAUGACAAGAGUCACCGAUAAUCAUUUAGCGGAACCCCUAAUAAGUGAGGAUGUUAUAUUGCCUAAAAAUCAGGGUUCAUUGGGUUUCAGCAUAAUUGGUGGUACCGAUCAUUCAUGUGUUCCUUUCGGCGCUCGAGAACCGGGUAUUUUUAUAUCUCAUAUUGUACCAGGUGGCAUUGCAGCAAAAUGUGGCAAAUUGCGUAUGGGUGACCGUAUUUUAAAAGUUAAUGAUUCCGAUGUCUCACGUGCCACUCAUCAAGAUGCAGUGUUGGAAUUACUUAAACCGGGCAAUGAAAUUAAAUUGACAAUACAACAUGAUCCAUUACCAGCUGGUUUCCAGGAAAUUAUCAUCAGUAAAACUGAUGGCGAACGCCUUGGUAUGCACAUUAAGGGCGGCCUUAAUGGUCAGCGUGGCAAUCCAGUCGAUCCUACAGACGAGGGUGUAUUUGUUUCAAAAAUAAAUUCCGUUGGUGCGGCUAGACGUGACGGAAGGCUUAAGGUUGGCAUGCGUUUGUUGGAAGUGAAUGGCAACUCCUUAUUGGGUGCCACACAUCAAGAUGCAGUUAAUGUUUUACGUAAUGCUGGAAACGAUAUACAUUUGGUCGUUUGUAAGGGAUACGAUAAAUCCAAUUUAAUUCAUUCCAUUGGUACAGCUGGUGGCAUGAGUACUGGCUACAGCAGACAUGGUUCUCGUGCCUCUGAAACUGGUUCCGAAAUAAGCCAAAGUCAAAGUACAUCCAGUUUAGAUCGUGACGAUGAUGAACGCUUUAAACAUGAUUUGGAAGUUUUUGCAACAAAAUCUGAACAGAGUAAUGAACAACCCACGUCAGUGUUAGCAAACGCUGCUGCCAUGGCGCAUUCACCCACCUCCAUUACAACACCGGCAGCAGCACCAGGAACAACAUCAACAAUACCCACAAUAGCAGCAGCAAAACCUACAGAUGGUUACAGUACAGCACAACAUCAUCAGCAACAUGAUGCUGCUGCUGUUGUUGCUUUGGCUCACAAUACCGAACAGUCCUUGGCUUCCACUAAAGAAAAGAGUACCCCUGAAAAAGUUUUGGAAAUUGUACGAGCUGCUGAUGCAUUCACUUCAGUGCCACCCAAAUCACCAUCCGAACAUCAUGAUCAGGAUAAAAUACAAAAGACUACAACGGUUGUCAUAUCGAAGCAUACAUUGGAUACAAAUCCAGCCAUACAACCGGCACCAUCACCAACAUCACCGUCGGCAACAGGAACAUCGCCACAGAACUCAACGGCAACAACUUCACCCGUUUCACAGCCUCAGACACCACAGAUCGAGCAAGGUGCCGGCAAAUUGAGAGAUCCCCGCUUUGAAUACAAACAAAUGGUGGAUAAUCAAAAUAUUGAAAAAGAUGAAGUUAAAGUUGAGCCCGUCUACAUUAUUGAUGAUGACGAGGACGAAGACGACGAUGAUGAUGACGACGAAGACAACGAAGUAGACGAUAGUGAUGAUGACGAAGAUGACGAUGAAGAGGGCGAGCAUGAAGUUCAAUCGCCACCAGAUACAGUCACUGAACAGACUGAAACCGAUUCCGACUAUUUCGAAAAACCUAGGCCUACUGGCCGUUAUACAAGCGACUCGGAAAGCGAUACACAAAAACUGAAAUUUCAAACAGCCUCAGGACGUAGUACACCCGAUCUCUCAUCGUCUGCUUAUGGUGGACAUCAUCGUAAAUCGGUUAGUUUUGAUUUGAGCGGAGACGAACGUUCCAAAUCAGAUUACGAACGUUCUCGCACUCCGGAAUCGUAUGCGUCUCGCUAUUAUGAUUCGGAACAUGAAUAUAAUCCCUCUAGAGCACGCAUGCCACGCAAAGGAAUUUUAAGAUCUGCCAGUCCCUCGUCGUCCAACAAUUCCACAUUAGAAAAGAAACGACCCGAUAAGUUACCAACACUUGUACCAACAGUGGCACGUAUCAAAGAAAUCGAUUCGCCAACUUUGCAACAUGCCACUACGAGGUCAGCAUCUCCUCAUCGAGUCCCAAGUGUUUUAAGUAGUGGCUAUCGUAGUCCUCCACCUCCUCCUAUUGAAAGUGUCAAAUUGCCUACCGAAAUCGAACGUGAAAAUCCUUUCCGUGAUGCAUUUUUAGAUAAAAAUCGUAUGGAUGAUGAAUACACAGAAAUUGCCAAAGCCAUUUCCAAAUCACCACGUUCACCCAAAGACACAAACUAUUUCUUUGGCGCCAAAUCUGGCUGGAAAUCUAGCGAAGAUAUUUUGCAGUCGGAGAGGACAAGUGGCCGCAGUACACCCAAUACGGUCAUAAGUCAACAAUCAAAAUCGACAGAAAACUUAGCGAGUCGUCCCAAAAAACCACCACCAACUCUGCCAAAACCCAAAGUGAAAAAGGCAGAUUUGGUUAAAAAUUUCGCAUUAGAAUCAUUCCAAAGUGCUGAUGUUGGCCAUGGUGACUUUGCAGUAUUUGAACAUGAUCCCAAUACCAAUGAAAUACAUCAAGUAUCCAGGUCUACAAACUCCGGUCCGUCCUCUACGCCGAGCCCGAGACUGCCCGUAAGAGUUAAUAUACCAAAAAGUCCUUCCAGACCGAAAGACAGUCCACCGCCGCCACCGAUUAACUUCGCUACUAUGCCAAAACUUCCACCAAAAAUGCAACCCUCCUUAAUUCCCGCUAUACAUGAUGAAUCACACUAUAUGGAAGUCUUACCACCAUUACCGCCAAUUCCACCGCUACUAGCUGCUCCCACUAUAGACGAAGUGCCGCCAUCUCAAAGACGACCUUCAGACUUUAUUCACGAAAAUUCGCCCGACAAUAUUCUAGUAUCCGAGGAAGAACACCGCACCAUAUUGUUGCAGGAAAACGAGCUGCGCAAUCAAUUGCGACGAACGGGUAGUAAAUCCCAAAUACCAGAACUUGGAGUGCCGCCUGAGCUAGCACCUCCGGUUCCCGGUAGCCAAUAUAGCAGUAGUAGCAGCAGCUCGAGUUACAAACAUUUGAUUUCACCUGCUGACGCAACAAAGACAUCAUCAUCUACAACAACUAAAGUGCCUAAAUCGGUAUCCGAUAAAAAACGUUUCUUUGAAUCUGCCAUGGAGGACCAACACAAGCCCACACAAAAGACAGACAAAGUUUUUUCGUUCCUGUCAAAAGAUGAAGUUGAAAAACUGAAACAGGAGGAAGAACGUAAAAUUGCAACAUUACGCCGUGAUAAAAAGAAAUCAAGAUUAUUGGAUGAUGCCAAUAGCAAAAUUGACAACAAUGAUGAUGAUGAUGACAACCAUGUCGAUGAUGACAAUGAUGAUGAAGAUGAUUACAGCGAAGAAGACGAUAAUGAUAUUGAUGACGACGAUGAGUACGACAAUGAGGAUGCAGUCGAUAUGCAUCACCAGCAACAAAUUCGAGCAAGAAAUGCAAAUGACAAUAUUGAUGUUUUACGUGAAACUUUAAGUGACGAUGAUGCCGAAGACAUCGGCAGUAAAACUAUAAACCCGGCUAAGAACUUAAAGCCAACAGCAACAACAACAACAAGCACCAACGUCACCACCACCUCAACCAACAAGAGUUCAAAAUUAAAAGCACCAACACAAAAGGUAAGAGACAGCAAAGCAAAGGAUGAAUCUAAAGGAAAUUUAAAACUGGAAACGAUAGCGAACAAGACAACUAAAAAGGUAAUAGUAAAACCAAAAGCAACACUAACAACAAAGACAAAGGCGAAAACAAUAGCAACAGCUAUACCAACAACAACAGCAACAACAAUAUCGACAGCAACAGCUAUGAGUAGAGAUGAAAAAGAAUCUAAGAAAACUGUUCCGAUUAAGCCUCAAGUAACACAGGUGCCAUCUGAAACAAUAGCAACAACAUCGACGACGACGACGACAACAGCACAAACAACGAAACCUUCAUUGUUGCCGAAACCAAAGGUUAAAGUUGUUAUACCACCAGCUCUAUUACAAAAGCAACAACAGCAACAACACCUGCAACAACAAACGUACACUCAUCAACAGCAGCAACAAUUCGAAGAAGAUGAAGAAGUAUUAGACGAACACGAACUCGACUACAAUGUUGAUGAAGAACAUGAACCGGAAGCUGCUUUUACACCCUCUAGUCGCAUACCAGUGCGUACAGCAAAUGCUGAAAAGCGCGCCUUAUUGGCAGGCGUCACAUCUUCCUCCGAAGAGACCUCUCCCCCAUCUACCUCUAAUUUGAAAAAAAGCAAAGCUCUGAUAAAUGCUGAGAAACGUGCUUCAUGGCGUGCUGCCCGUUUGCGUUCUUUGGAAAAGGGUGCUGUAGAAGCCCAAACUGUCAUACAAAAUAUGACAAAAAUAGCCGAUGAUCUCUUGACUGAGACUCUACCCACAGAGCAGGCAAAAAAGAUUGUUUUUCCAAAAAUUGCCAUUAAGUCUAGCGAUGGUCCGGUCAUAAUACGUGAACGAGAGAAAAUACUUGAUGAAAAGAUUGUACGACGUACAGAAGAGGUGCCAUGUCCCAUAACAGGACGACCUCAAUUGCGUACGGUCGAGUACAUAGAAAAGAUCAUCGAAACUGAGGUGGAAACUAGUCGAGAGAAGAUAAUCUCAUUAGAGUUGCAGGACCCAGACAAGAGCGAUACACCGAACGCAUCAAUAGACUUAAUGACACAGCAUGAGCACGAGAACAACGUUGAAAGAAAAGAACAGAAGGUAAUCUGGGGCGAGAAGGAGGAGGGCGAGGAGCAGAAAGUAGGUGCAGUAAAUGAACAACAUAAUCAAGAGCAGAUGAUGCCACAACAACAAGUACCACAGCUUUUGCAGACCCAGGUGUCAGAAGAUGACAAGCAGGAGAAAAGUAAAGAGAAACUACAAUUGCCUGGAGUAACGAGUAGAACAUUAGUGGAAACAGUAGAAAAGUUGCACAUUACCCAUAAAUAUGAAAAUGCUAACGACAGUAAUAACAAGGAAAUACAAAAAGAACAACACCAGGAAUUCUUAGAAAAUGUUAAUGAUGAUGAAGCAGAGGAAAGACAUGAUGAUGAUGAUGAUGACGAGGAAGAUGAGGAGGAGGAGGAAGAGACCGACUCAGCUUCUAUUGUAACAGUGCAACAAAAUACAGAAAAACUAUAUUUGCGUAACGAUGACGACGAGUUUCCUUCAAUUGAGUUGGACAGUUUAAGUAGUGGUGGCAUUUUUGGGCCUUCUUCCUUGGACAGUGUAGGCUCUUCCACAAAAGUGAGCAUAAAGCCCUCUACUAUAACGAUGCAUCAAACACUGGCAAAAGAAGUGGUUUUACCGACAACUACAAAGAUUACCUCUUCCAUGAAAACCAUACGCUCAAAAGCAUACCAAGAAAUGGAUGACUUUGAGUACGACGACGAUGAUGACGAUUAUGACUGCGAUUACAAUGUACCAUCUACAGCAACAUUAACACCUGUCACUGCAUCUACAACAAUGACAACAAGAACUCAAAGCAUAGUUGAAGUAGUGAAUCCUUUAAUCACGGGUGAGGGUCAGGUUCAACGCAUCGCUUUCAGUCGUUCGCAUCACAGUGAAUAUCCCUCGUUUGACAAUGAUGACGAGGAUGUUGGGGAUGAGGAAGAUUUUGAAAAAUUGCCUGCUUCGCUACAAGUUUUGCGCAGUGAAACUUUUGUUUUGCCAGCGCAAAAAGAACGUAAAGAACUUUCUCUGAAUGCCAAAAUGAAAAAUGUUUUAGAAGAGUUGUUGGAAAAUGAACGUGUGAAAUAUAAUUUGCAAAAAAGCCUUGAGGAGCAAGCCAAUAGUGAUGAAACUGCAAUGCCAGCUUAUGGUGAUGCUGACGAUGAUGAGCAAACAAAAGAUGAAAUUGACUUUGCUGCCACACAAACAUCAAGAGAUAAUAAUGGAAAUCGUCAUGUCUUAAAUGCUUUAAUUAGAGACAGUAAUAAAAACACGUUGCAAAAGCUACAAAGCCAACUACAAAACAAAGAUAAUGCAGAUGACGAGGAUGAUGAUGAUGACGAAGAAGAUGAAGAAGAGGACGAUAAUGAUGAUGAUGAUGAUGAGGAGGAGGAUGAAUAUGAAGUGGCAGAAGAGGAAGAGGAGGAAUCAGAAGAAACUGAAGAAAGUGAAAGUAGUGAUAGUGAUGAUGAAGAUGACGACGAUGAUGAUGAAACCAUACAUAUAACGUUUGUUGAUGGUGCCAAAGUUAUUGAAAAUUUCAAUACCAAUACUCCCAUGAAAUUGCAAAAAUCUCAAACCUAUAAUACCAUGAAGGAGGCGGCUGAGGCCAUGACUGAAAAGCCCGAUGACAGCCAAAUGAUUACAAGCGAUAAGCAAACAGAAUCACACACUACUAAAGAAGACGAUACGCAAACAACUUUAGAGAAACUAUUGGCUGAACAACAAAAGUAUGCUGAAAUUUCUAAACAAUUACGAAAAUCUGUAGAAAAUCUAUUAAUCGACGACGAAGCUGAUGAUGGCGAAGCUGAGGCAACUACUACCUCUACCAUAACAACAACCACAGAAACCACACACAUUGGUGAAACCCAACAAAAACCGAAAACGAAAAAAGUAGAGUCAACGAAAAGAUCGUCAAAAAACAAACCCUUGAAAGGAAGUGCCGAUCACGCCGACUCUGAAACGGGCGAAGAAAUAUUCAAUCGUCUUUUACAGGCUGGCGGUUCACGCAAACAAGUAUUUGACCAAGAAACCGAUGAAACCUUAACCAGUUCCACAAUCACCUGUACCGCAGACAAUGGUACAAUCAUAACGACCACCACAACAACCAUAUCAAAUGUUGCAACUAGUGGCAUUCCGCGCACAACGAAACACGUCGAAAAGGUAGUUAAAACUCAAGGCAAUAAAGAUGUUGACGACGACCACACAGAUAGAGAUAAUGAUGGAGGGGCAUAAAUUAUUUUAUUUAUUACGGUUUAUGGAUGUGCCUUCCUUUUUUUAUCAAGUGUAGUGCCCAGCAAGCAACACCCAUGACACGCACUACAAAUGACUCCCUUGGUGGAAACAUGAUGAUGGUACGGGAUUUUUGUAUUAGGGAUAUUAUUUCUUCCUGUUUUUUUUAGUUCCUGGUUUGUGUUCAAAUGUGUUUUGUAAAUUUUGUUUUUUUUAUGGAAAACAUUUGAUGAGUUGUGUUUUUAAAUAAAUACAUAUGGUCAAUUCACAAGGUCUCCUAUCAUGUCAUAAUGUACUAAUAUUUCACAAUGGUUUAAAAAUGUUGUUAUUUCAUUUCAAGCAAUAAUAAAUUAUACUAUUAUGUAUGCUAUGUUUAUUGUGUUAUAGUAACCAACCAGCAGAGACCUGCACCGAACGCCUAAGAGCCGGUUAAGCCGAGCCGCCGAUUCGUGAAAUAUUAAGACAUUAUGACAUGAUAGGAGACCUUGAAUUGACCAAUUAAAUUUUAGUUUUACGAUUCUUAGUUUGUUAUACUGAAAUAGUUGUUUGUAUUUUAUAAAUAUUCAAGUUAUCAUUAUUUUACACACAGUUUUUGUGCGAAUACAAAGUAGAAAUUAUUUGAUUUAUAAAGCACAAUAAAGAAAUAUUUACUUAAGUUGUGGGAUAAAUAUGCCGACCUUUAAUCGCAAAAUUUUUAGCCACAAAAGAAAGCGGCAACAGUUUGUAAAUAGGCAAAAUUCGUGAGAGAAUUAUAGUGAGAACAUGAAUUAUCAAAAACACAUGUAAUGAGAAUGUAUUUGAUGAAAUACUGUAGUUUGAAUCAGUGGCCGGCAUAAAGAGAAAAUUGUAAUUGUAAUAUCGUGGUUAUGUUUUUUUCCUCUAUUGUAUUCUGACCUAUUGAUUGUGAGUUUUGUUUCAUACUUGAUAAUUUUUAUGAAAUUCGUUGACAUUGCUUUGUUAACUAGUAAAUAACUGAUUAUAUUCGAUAUGAGUGCCAACCGACCACUGGUUUAAAUGUAUAUAUCCAAUUAAUUUUUUGUAUUACUACCAUCGAUAUCGGUAAAUAUUCAUUAUUAAUAUAAUUGACGAACAUAAGCUAUAAAUUGUACGGUGUGUGACCUAAACAUAUUUAUAGUGUUUCUCUAAUAUUUUUUCGAGAAACAUUCGCGAAUAUUUAAAUCUCGGUAUCAUGCUCGAAAGAUGUACUAACACGUAUGCAUACCAAAAUAAUAAUGUAAAAUAAGUAGCUCAAGAUAGCUUUUUUGGAAUUUGUAUUUUUACAGUUUUGUGCAGUGCACAUUUUUCGACAUUUUAGCAAUUUUGAGACGCUAGAUCAGGGAAAGGCAACCUAUACUAUUGAAUUUUACGAUUUUAUUAGUUAUGCACUCUCUCCUCUCUCGCCACGAUUCGGUGAUGCCAGUAAACUUUCGUCUCUUUUCCCCAAUUAAAAAUCUCAUAUUGUUCAUCAUGCAUCUUAAAUAGUUGGGACAAAUUUUAUUAUUUCUCUGGCACUCAAGCUAUACUGACUAAAGUUGUUUAUUUCUUUACAAUGCGUGUAAGAAAAGGCGUGGCGCCCAUCAUUUGCCUUUCCCUGCACUAGAUGCAGUUCUUUUGGUUUAGUUUGUCUUGCACUUUUUGUCUCCUAUUGGUUUUCGAGAUAUACCCGUGAGAAAAAUUGCAUGCUCUUCGGAAAAAUCAAGUUCUUGUCAAAACAUGAAGCCAUAAAAUCUGAAAAGAACCUAAAGCUUGCAAAAAUUCAAAUGGGUUUUGUUAGUUUCGAUUAGUAUUUGCAUUUUAUGUGUUGUACACAGUGCAAUUAAAUUAAUAAUUUUUUCGUUAAUCAAAAAUAUUGAUUAUUUUUUUUUUUUAAUUCUAAAAAAAAAGUUUAUUAAAUAAACAGUUCAAUUAAAGUUUCUACUUAAUGAACAAUUAACGGUAAUAAAUUCAUUUAUGAGCUUUAAUUUUUCAAUCUUCAUUUAACGAAAAAAUGGAUUUAUUUAACAACAGCUGUGAGUAAAAAAUUUGCAACACUAUAAAUCAUUGGUAGGCAAAAAGAGGCAUUUAAUUUGUGUGCUCUUUUGGGUAAAAAAUAAAAUAUCCACAACAACAUCAAGAAACUGAAUGAAAUGUGUGUAUUUUUACGCUCUAUUACGAUCUUUUGUUCACAUUCGGGUUGUUUGACGAAAAUCAUCGUAACCUGAACAAUAUGAACGCCUACCAUGGCUAUAAAUGAUUUUUAUAAGAAUUUGUUUCCUUAAAUUAAAAUCGAAUAUAUUUUUACUUUACACUAUUAUUAUCUGGCGAUAUAGUGCGGAAUUGACUAUUCUGAUUUGACCCGUGUGGGACAUAAUGGAUAUUCUGGGGUGUACUCGAGUUGAAUUAUUGAAUUUGCUCCGACCUGUAAUCUGUUUUUAUUAAAAUUCCAUUUCCCGAAUGCCUUCGGAUAUACACUGCACUUACAAGUGUCUUUAUCUUUUGUAGAAAUGGUUUUUAAUAGAAAUACGUAGUUCAUAUUGUUUGCCAAUUAAACCUAUGAUUCUUAAAUUAAUUGAUCUUCUAGAUUUGUUACUCUUUUUGUAAAGAUCUUCAUUAAUUCAAUUUAAGCUUAGUUCAGAAACUCUUAUCAUAAAACCAUUCUCAACUUAACAAAUUCUUUAGAUUCAUUCAAACACUUUUAUUUAUUCGAUCAUUGUUA